AUGACGCAGCCUAGGAAUUAUGACAAGAGGAACAUGAAGCGUUUGAGAGUUACCAGAAACAGCCUGAAACGGUUGCUGCCUUCAACGGGAACCCCAUUGGGGCCGCUUUCAGUCCUUCAUGAUGAACUCAUCAGAGAAAUGUUGCUGAGGCUUCUGGCGAGGUCGCUGCUUAGAUACAAAAAAUUCGGAGAUUUCUCGGUACGGUGCAUGUUCGAGAACCCUUCCCAACCUAUUGAAGUCAUUCGCUUCGCGGGAAAAAGUAGCCACGAAAUUAUUGGCUCUUGCAACGGAUUGUUGUGCUUGCAAGACAUUACUGACAUGGAUAAUUUAAUCAUGCUGUGGAAUCCCUCUACUGGAUUGACAUCCCAACCGCUGGAAAUUCGGGAUUUCAUAGGAGUUUGUGGCUUCGGAUAUGAUCAUGUGAAUGACGAGUACAAGUUUGUUGCGGUUGUAGAUCAGAUACAGAAACAGGACCCGCUUAGAUCUGAAACCAGAAUUCAUACAUUUUGUCCGAACCCUUCAAAGAGAAUCAUUCAAGAUACCGCGUUUAAAAGGAUAAUUGGUGAUGGUAAAGGAGUAUUUGUGCCUGGCACCGCCACUCUUAAUUGGAUUCAUUGGCAUGGCACUCUAGAUUACUUGGUUCUUUCCCUUGACUUAGUAGAGGAGACUUAUAGUGAGUUUUCUCUGCCCCUCAACCUCAAGGCUCCGAAAAAUAAAUUCUUCAUCUUUCCACCCUUAUGUGUGCUGAAGAACUGCCUUGCAUUUUGUUGCAGCCAUGAGAAAACUCAUUGGUCUGUGAGGCUGCUGAAGGAAUAUGUAAUGCCUCAAUCUUGGACUAGAUUAGCCACCAUCCACUGCCACCCCUCACUGCUUACUGGUGCUGAGUUACACCCAUUAUAUAUCCGGGAAAAUACUCUUCUUAUGGCGAUGGCAUCAACUUCAAAGAUAGUUAUGUCUAACUUGGAUGAUGGUGGCUUAGAAUUUCCUCUAUUGAAACCUACUCCUUCAGAUGUCCCAAUGGGAUUGCGGUUCUAUAUUUAUCAUGAGACCUUAGUUUCACCAUCAUAUCGUUGUCCUCGAAGUAGCUCAUCCCAAAUCUGGUUUAUCAAACCUUAG